CUAUGCACUCACUCUCAUCUCAUCUCCAAAAUCGAAAGGUACGUAAUCUCUCUCUCUCUCUCUCUGAAUCGCUCCUAUAAAUACCAAAUCUGCCAAAUGGCAGCUGCCGCUUCCUUACACCGCCUCUUUCGCCUUCGAUUCAUCGCCAAUCCUCAACCUUUCCUAUCACCUCAUCUAAUCCCAUUCUCUUUCUCACUCACCCCCAAAACCAAGAAAUCGAUUCGAUUCCGAUUCUUCUCAAUGGCUGCGGAACCCAAGGAGUCACCUUCUAACAACCCCGGCCUCCAUACAACUCCAGACCAAGCUACUAAGGGUUACUUCAUGCAACAAACUAUGUUUAGAAUCAAAGACCCCAAAGUGAGCCUUGAUUUUUAUUCUCGCGUCUUGGGCAUGUCUUUACUUAAGAGGUUGGAUUUUCCAGAGAUGAAGUUCAGCCUGUACUUCAUGGGCUAUGAGGAUACAGCUGAAGCUCCAAGUAAUCCAGUUGAUAGAACAGUUUGGACCUUCGCUCAGAAGGCUACCAUUGAACUGACACAUAAUUGGGGUACUGAAAGUGAUCCAGAGUUCAAAGGGUACCACAAUGGCAAUUCUGAACCUCGUGGCUUUGGACACAUUGGCAUAACUGUUGAUGACACCUACAAGGCAUGUGAAAGAUUUCAGAAUCUGGGAGUUGAGUUUGUUAAGAAACCAGAUGAUGGGAAAAUGAAAGGUAUAGCAUUUAUUAAGGAUCCUGAUGGAUACUGGAUUGAAAUCUUUGAUCGCAAAACAAUAGGAAAUGUAACAGAAACUGCUGCUUAAAUAAACACCUUCAGGCCCGGAUCUUGUGUUAUACAUUUUCGUCUCUGCAGAUUUAAUUGGGUCUUUGCUCCUGUGUAAAAUUAACUAGUUGCUUUUUAAGUAUCUAGCACUCUUGAAGCUUCCUGUGACGAAUGAAUAAUUUGUAGUCAAACCAGAAUACCAAUAAUUUUGUUGUGUAUCUUAUGUGUAUAUUUUUUAAUUUGGAAUUCGAAAUGCCUCAUAGUUUCUAUUGUACAAGCCAAGAUUGGAACUAGUGACUGCACAUUACACUUGCAAGGGGACGUAGCUUCUUUACAGCAGAGUUAACAACUGAUGGUAUAUCUGCUAGGGUCCACCAACGCUCGCAUAAGUAAGAUUCCAAGAAAGUGAAGUCCUGCAUGUCAUCAUCUUGUAUAGUGCAUAGGUGCGGGGCAUUCGCUACUUUGUGACUUAUGUCAGCCCCUGGAUAGGCGCUAAUGGGCCCUUCCGGAUAGCCUCUGAUUAGGUCAUUGGAAAUAUUCCCAAGGGUAAUAUUCCAGAAUUAGUCCCUUUGCGUGGGCUGGGCUUAGAUUUGGGUAGAUUAUCUGGGUCUAGGUCUUUGACAUAGCCUUUCGUGGUGUAUAGGCCUAAAGCCUGAAUUGGGUUCAAAAAUGAUGUCCUUCCCAUAGUUCGUGAAAGUUGAAAGGUUGUUCGAGAUGUCAGGGUCACUUUGCUUGAGUUGGUUGCAUAUCUUCACAAAACGAGACCUUUUGUGACACAUCGUUUCUUUCAGUCUUGCUCCUAAAGCCCUACUGACAUUCAAUCGUGCAAUUUUGGGAGGCAUAGAAUGACCAGAAUAAUUGUGCUAGCCAAGAUCCAAACUAAUGAUUGGACUCUAUCCUUGCAGAACCGGGUGCUGGUAUGUAGAGGGAGUAGUUAUCUACAAAAGUAGUUUAAUUCUUUUUUUUUUAGGCCAUUAAAGUACUUUAGUUCUUGAGUUAGUAGAGGCUUCAGCAAAGUAACAAUAUAUGAGAGUGGUGUCGAUACUAGAAGUCGUGCACGACAUAGGCACGAGUUAUGAUUACGCGAUCCAUGUUAAUUCCUCUGGUUAGCGCCGACGUCCUUUUUUGGUUUUGGAUCACGAGGGAUUGAUUGGGGUAGGGGAGUAGGAUGGUGGGAAUUUGUUACGUCACAGCGAUAUAUCUUGUUUUCUCUUAUUAAUGAGCUAUUACUUGAAGGACCAUGAUCUGAGAAUCAUAGGAUGGAAAUAUUUUAGAAUCAGGCCUUUUGCGCAGGUACGGCUGAGAUUCGGGUAUCUUUUUUAUGGCGUUUGGGUCUUAACCCCAUAUUGGGUCCAGAGCAUC